ACAAUCUGCAACUUUUAUGGAUCAACGGAAGUCCUUGGAGAUGUCACAGCCAUUCAGUUUCAAAGUAUUGAUGACUCAGUAAAUGGAAUGAUUGACAAGAAAGUGUCCAUUGGUUUCCCCAUCGCAAAUUGCCGAAUCUACCUCCUGAACGGUGAGGGCAGCCCAGUUUCAGAGGGGCAUAUUGGGGAAAUUUUCGCAGCAGGUCUUAAUGUCGCUAGUGGAUACGUGGGUGGGGUUCAGCAGGACAAAUUUGUCAGUAACACACUCUCGCAAGAUCCAGAUUACAAGGUACUGUAUCGCACGGGUGACUUCGCUCGGGUGGUGGGUGACAAAUUAUUUUACGAGGGACGCACUGACUCUCAGGUCAAGGUCAGAGGGCAUCGUGUUGAUCUUAGUGAGAUCGAGGCGGCGCUACAGAAAUUAGAAGAAGUUGAUAAGGUUUAUAUCCUUGUCUAUAAACCUGGAGAGUUUAAUCAGGCCCUCGUUGCGUUCUACACGAGCAGCGACGAAGGAAUGGUGCCAGAGAAAUUAGCGCUGAAAUUAGGCACUCUUCUCCAGCCAUACAUGCAGCCCCAAUUGGUUUAUCUGGAUGAUCUGCCUCUGCUCGUCAAUGGGAAAGUGGACCGUCAGACCUUGCUUAAGAUUUACGAAAACCAAUCUGAAG